GCGGCAGCGGUACAGUACGACAUACCGGAAGUACUGCCAAGCCCUCAUCCAGUGAAGGUUGCCAGUUCGAGUGAAGAGAGUAGAGCACGUGGAUCGGCGGAGAGAGAUUUACCAUGGCAGCAACUAUUAAUCAAGUGAGGUCGUCGCUUUCCAAAAUGUUUAAGAGUGAGCGGUACAGCCCCUUCACUCUCCAGUCAGACGGAGAGAGCCACGUGGAGGUGAAGCUGUCUGAUGACAUAGUUGACCACGCCCCCUCUGAGCAGGCAGGCCAACCAGGGGGCUCACCCUCCUACAGGCCCCGCCCCAAGCGGAACUACCACAUGUGUUACCUGGCCCUUGGAAUCCUCUUUAUCUUCAUCAUCGGUUAUCUAAUUGGCUAUGUGAGCCACCGUUCUCCCCUCCAGGAGCCAAUCCCUUGUGAUUCUGAACAGGAAGAGGGUGUGGCUAAGAAGGCUAUCGUAGAAUACUCUCUAUCCUGGACCAACAUCACCAGCCUGCUGGCACGGAGACUGACUCCUGACGCCUUCAACAGCAGACUGAGUGAUGUUGAACAGACGAAUCACACAGCAGGGAGCACUGGAGACAACAUUCUGGGAAAUCAUGUGUUGGACAGCUUUAAGAGUCUGGAGAUGGAGCCCUGGACUGACACACACUAUGUCCAACUACAGAUGCCCAACAGUGAGAAGCCAAACCGUGUACUGAUUGGCCAAGAUGAGGUGUGCCAGCCUAAGGGCUAUCUGGCCUAUAGCGCCACAGGAAAAGCAAAGGGCAAGGCAGUGAAUGGUAACUAUGGGAGUCAGGAGGACUUGGCACUGCUACAGACUCUGAAGGUUGAGCUGAACGGCACCGUGAUUCUACUGAGAGCUUCAGGACAGAUCAGCCUGGCACAGCAGGUGGCUAAUGUAGCUGCAUUGGGGGUAUCUGCUGUGUUGAUUUACCCUGAACACAAGACUGAAACUACUGAACUAUAUGGGCAUGUCCAUCUAGGUUCUGGAGACCCCUAUACUCCAGGGUUCCCCUCCUUCAACCACACCCAGUUCCCUCCCACCCAGUCCUCUGGUCUGCCCAAUGUACUGGCCCAAAGCAUUACUGCUCAGACUGCUGUCAAGAUACUAAAACGUAUAGGUGGGCCUGAUGCUCCUCCCAGUUUUAAAGGAAAACUGGACAAUGUGAAGUACACCCUGGGAGGGGCCAGUAGUGAGGAUGUCACAGUGGAGGUGAACAACGUGCUGCAGGACACCGAGAUACACAACGUCUUUGGAGUCAUCAAGGGCUUCAUUGAGCCAGAUCGGUACGUGGUACUGGGGGCUCAGAGGGAUGCGUGGGGUCCAGGCUACGCUAAAGCCACUGUCGGGACCACACUGCUACUGGAGCUGGCUAGAGCUGUGUCUGAGAUGGUGCACACAGAUGGUUUCCGUCCCAGGAGGAGUCUGGUGUUUGCCAGUUGGAGUGCAGGAGAGUACGGCAGUGUUGGAGCUACAGAGUGGCUGGAGGGAUACCUCUCCUCUCUGGACAGAAAAGUUGUCACCUACAUCAGCCUGGACGGAGUAGUCACGGGAAAUUAUGCUGUGAACGCAUCUGCCAGUCCCCUGCUCCACAGCCUUCUGGAAAGAACCAUGAAGGAGGUGAAGAAUCCCAUUGGUUUUGGAGAGUCUGGGAAGUCUCUGUAUGAUCAUGUGGCUGGAGUCAACUUUGAGAAGGCAGUGUUUAAGCCCAUGCAGAUGGAAGACUCUGCGUAUCCGUUCCUGGCCUUCUCUGGAAUCCCCUCUCUCUCCUUCCGCUUCGUCUCUCAGGAGGUCUACCCUCACUACGGCACCUCUUUUGACAACAAGGAAUACCUUGGUUUCGCCACCGCCCAUCACCUUGGUUCCAUAGCCACUGGGGCGGGAUUGGUCGCAGGUCAGCUGGCGUUACGACUGGUCCACGAUCACGUGCUGUAUCUGGACGUGCUACGCUACAGGAAGGUUCUCAGUCAAUCGGUGGUCAACAUCAACCAGCGCCUCAAACAAGUCACCCGGGAUGGUUCUGCCGAGGGUCUGUCAGCUCGUUGGCUCACCAUGGCCCUCGGCUCCUACAGUAGAGCUGCUACUGACCUCAACACCGAACUACUCAACACCGACCUCACGGACACACUGGCCUGCCACAACAUCAACGACCGCAUCAUGAGGGUGGAACACAACCUCCUCUCACCGUUUGUCUCCCCCAAGGAGGUUCCGUUCCGCCACCUGCUGUUUGGCCAUGGUUCCCACACCAUGGCAGCCAUGUUGGAGGGGGAGGACAGGGAGGCACUGCGGACCCAGCUGGCCCUGGCCACCUGGACGCUACAGGGCUGUGCCAACGCUCUCUCUGGAGACGUCUGGGACAGCGACAACCAGAUCUAACGCGGUCUAACUGUGUGUGUGUGUGUCAGGGGCUUCAGCCUCAUCCUUGUUCACUUUAAAACCCAGGAUUAGAUAACGAGGGAUUUGUCAGGGGUGAUUAUGUCAUAACGGUGACCCGGAAGUACUGUUUUCAAGUUGGUCCUUCCAGUGUCAGUCACUGGGUUGUCACUAUUUAUCACAGCCACAAAGUCAUUUGUCUUGUAAAAAUUCAUGAAAAGAACAUUUGCUUUUUAGUCUUAAUUUUAAGGUUAGGAUUAGGCAUAAUGUUAGCAAUGUGGUUAGGUUUAAUAUCAGAUGUUAAGAAGAGAAAUUAUAGAAAUAGGUGGGGUUUACCCGUUUACCCUUUGUGACCGUUGUAACGAGUGAAGACCCAGUCACUAGACUUCCUGAAGAAUGUUGACACUGGUGACAUCACUGUCUGAUCCCUCUUCCCCCCCCCCAAAAAAACUAAAGCCUUGCUCACUACUACAGAGACGACGACCUCUAACCCCUUGGAGCCUAUUUAUAUUUUAUUUAUCAGUGGCAGAGAUCACUAUAAAUGUUAUCAGUUUGAUAAAGAUAUUGUUUAUAUUUAUGAAGUUAUCGGAAGCAGUGCCUUCCAGAUUUAUGGCAGUUUCAUGUCGUUAAUUUGGGUUAAGAGUUUUAUUUAUUUAUCAGUGCCAGUGCUCACUAUAAAUGUUUAAAUGUCGUUUCGUUUUUUAUAGAAGUUAUCGGGAGCUAUGCCUUCCAGACUUAUGACUGGUAGGCGUUCGUUUGGCUUUUGAUAAAGUUAUCGUUUAAUUUGAUAAAGUUAUCGGGAGCUGUGCCUUCCAGACUUAUGACUGGUAGGCGUUCGUUUGGCUUUUGAUAAAGUUAUCGUUUAAUUUGAUAAAGUUAUCGGGAGCUGUGCCUUCCAGACUUAUGACGGGUAGGCCUUCGUUUGGCUUUUGAUAAAGUUAUCGGGAGCUGUGCCUUCCAGACUUAUGACGGGUAGGCCUUCGUUUGGCUUUUGAUAAAGUUAUCGUUUAAUUUGAUAAAGUUAUCGGGAGCUGUGCCUUCCAGACUUAUGGCGGUUAUACUGUCUCCUACUACGGCAGCAUCUGCUGAAGCAACAGAGUCACGUAAACAGACAGUCUGACCACCCAAGGUCCCAUGACAGUUUAAAUAUUCAGUUUGCCUUGCCGUUUAAUAUUGAGGCCGACACGGAAGCGCUUUAAUACGGAUGAAACAUUCUGAAAACCUGUCCAGCUACAGAUGGUCAGACUUUCUCUGUAUACACAACUCUGUUAACAGAAAUACACCACCUCCUGCUACCACGCUACUAUGGAAACAGAAACCCGCAGCAACAGGGUAUCGCGUCAGAAACGUUGGGUCCCGACAGCGGCGGUUGUCAUGACUGUCACAUUUCAUUUUGAUUGGCUGAAAUGCAUGCACUUAAAUUCCGAGUGUUCAAUUUGGCAUGUUUUAAACAUGUCAGAACUAGCUACUUGGGCCACAUCUGAGAUUUCAUCCUGUUUUAGAAAGCCUUAAAAGACUGGUUCAAAGUAGUAAACUGAAUAGGGUGUCAUUUCAGAUGCAACAUCAAGGAAAACAGGCUCAAAUCUCUUUGAGCUGAACUUAUUAAACAAGCUUUAUAUGGUUUAUAUAGAGUUGUAUAUCCUGAAAUAAUAUCAUUCAGGCAGCAAAAGAGCCAUUUCUGUUAACCAGUUAUUUUGGAGCAGUUUAUAUUUCUGAUCUGAACCAUUAUCGGGAGCAGUGUCUUUCAUAAUGACAAGCAUUGAUGGUAGUUUUUGCCUACCAGUGUGUGUUUGUAUGUAUCGGGGGCAGUGACUCCCAUAUUUCACUGAAGGGUGGAGUAACUUAUCGGGAACAGUGUUUCCCAGAGUUUUAUAACUAUAUUUUUCUUUGUGUUCACAGUCUAGUAUGUGUGUCCUUUCUGUGUGUGACCUGCUAUUGGUCUUGUUCCCCUCUGAACUACUUGUAAUGGAUAAGUCCUACCUACUGGUGGAGGUUGCUGAGGGGGGGCCGGCUCAUAAUAAUGGCUGGAGCGACUGGAAUGGCAUCAAACACAUAGAAACCAUGUGUUUGAUACCAUUCCGCUUCAGCCAUUACCACAAGCCCGUCCUCCCCAAUUAAAGUCCCACCAACCUCCUGUGCGUCCUAUGGCAUGUUACUGUAUUUUCCCUUAGAAAUGCAAUCCCUACAACAGGUAUUCCCAUUCAGGCCAAUACGAUUCUAUUCCUGUGUAUUUUCCCAUGCAGUGAAUUAUCAGACACUGAAACUCCUGUUGUAGCUGUCUGCUAAAUAUUCUUGUUCUUUUGAUUAUUGAUCACGCUGUCAAUCAGGUAACUAGUAACAUUUAUGUUAGACUUGUCAGUGCUAGUCUGUACUCAUACAUGUUCAUCUGACAGAGUAUGGGUGCUUUUUAGAGGUUUUUGUACUAUUGAGUUCUAAUUUUCUGUUGCGCUUCAAUAAACCUUUUGGCUUAGCAAUA